AUUUGAAUGGGUGGCAUCCGUCCUUUCAACUUUCAACUGUUAAGUGUCAUCACCUAACCCGACAACUUUUUAUACACGAUACAAACGGAUAUCUACAACGAAACCUUAUACAAGAAAGAGGUUCAAUAUACCGUUAUUAGCCCUGAAAGGGCCUCCUAUUCUCCCCGGAGUUCCUUCGCUUUCCCUCACACUUUAUAAGUCUCCAGCCUCAACGUCAAAAUGUCGGCGGUCAGUCGCAUUCGUGGCGCUUUCGCCGUACCUAGGAAGGGCGAGACGUUCGAGUUGCGAGCCGGCCUGGUAUCUCAAUAUGCGUGGGAGAGGAAAGAAUCAAUCCAGAAAACUAUUAUGGCUAUGACGUUAGGCAAAGAUGUCUCCCAACUAUUUCCAGAUGUCCUGAAGAAUAUCGCGACUGGUGACCUCGACCAAAAGAAGCUAGUCUACCUCUAUCUCAUGAACUAUGCGAAGUCCCAUCCCGACUUGUGUAUCCUCGCUGUCAACACGUUCGUCCAAGAUUCGGAAGACCCGAACCCUCUCAUACGAGCACUUGCUAUUAGGACAAUGGGCUGCAUCCGAGUAGAUAAGAUGGUGGACUACAUGGAAGAACCCCUGAGGAAAACACUACGAGACGAGUCACCAUACGUACGAAAAACAGCUGCUAUCUGUGUCGCGAAGCUCUUCGAUUUGAAUCCUUCCAUGUGUAUAGAAAACGGAUUUCUAGAGAUUCUCCAGGAGAUGAUCGGCGACCCCAAUCCCAUGGUUGUUGCGAAUUCGGUGCAAGCACUAUCAGAGAUAGCCGAGACGGCACCGGAGACGAGGGCAUUAGUUAUAACACCAGCGACACUCAAGAAGUUACUCAUGGCGCUCAAUGAGUGUACUGAAUGGGGUAGGGUGACGAUCCUUUCGACAUUGGCAGAUUAUCCACCCCAAGAUGUGAAGGAGUCGGAGCACAUCUGUGAAAGAGUAGCACCACAGUUCCAACAUGUCAACCCAAGCGUUGUGCUUGCUGCUGUCAAAGUAGUGUUUAUUCACAUGAGAUUAAUUAAUGGCGAUCUUGUGAGACAAUACCUGAAAAAGAUGGCACCUCCUCUAGUCACCCUCGUCGCAUCCGCCCCUGAAGUUCAAUAUGUCGCGCUACGGAACAUCGAUCUCCUUUUGCAAGCUAAGCCCGAUAUUCUUAGCAAGGAACUAAGAGUAUUUUUCUGCAAAUAUAACGAUCCUCCGUAUGUCAAACUUCAGAAACUCGAGAUCAUGGUGAGGAUAGCAAACGAGAAGAAUUAUGAACAACUACUGGCCGAGUUGAAGGAGUACGCCUUGGAAGUGGAUAUGGACUUUGUUCGAAGAGCUGUUAAGGCUAUCGGGCAAGUCGCGAUCAAGAUCGAGGGCGCAAGCGAAAAAUGCGUCAAUGCGCUACUAGACCUAAUUGCUACCAAGGUUAACUACGUGGUUCAAGAGGUUAUUGUCGUCAUCAAGGAUAUUCUCCGGAAGUAUCCCGGUUAUGAAGGGGUUAUCCCGACGCUCUGCAAUCACAUCGACGAACUCGAUGAACCUGAUGCACGGGGCUCACUGAUAUGGAUUGUCGGCGAAUACGCGGAAAAGAUCAAUAACGCGGAUGAGAUAUUGGCGAGCUUCGUGGAGGGGUUCAUGGAAGAGUUUACACAGACACAAUUACAGAUUUUGACGGCUGUUGUCAAGUUAUUUUUGAAAAAGCCAAGCAACAAUCAGGGAUUAGUGCAGAAGGUUCUACAAGCAGCGACGGCAGAGAAUGACAACCCGGAUAUUCGAGAUCGAGCAUAUGUCUAUUGGCGACUUCUGUCAGGAGAUCUCGAUGUUGCAAAGAAUAUCAUUCUAUCACCAAAGCCAGCCAUCACAACAACAAUGACAAGCUUGCCAGCAACCUUACUGGAGCAACUUCUUGGCGAACUAUCGACAUUAGCAUCAGUCUACCACAAGCCCCCCGAGUCGUUUGUUGGCAAAGGACGCUUUGGCGCCGACGAGAUCCAACGAGCAGCCAUCCAGGAACAGCGACAGAACGCAGCUGAGAACCCUAUCGCAGCAUCGGUCGGUGCUGCCCAAAACGGGCAGCAGUCACAGAACAACAUCGAAAAUCUCUUGGAUAUCGAUUUCGAUGGCGCAGCGCCAGCAUCGCAAGAGCAGAACUCGGCAUCUGCUACACCGGAGCGUGUAGCAAGCCCGGCUGCCGGAGCUCCGUCGGGCGGAAUGGCAGAUAUGAUGGGUCUCUUCGAUGCCCCAGCUCCUCAAAGCAGCGCUGCUGGUGCCAGCGGCGGCGGCGUCAACGAUAUCAUGAAUGGGUUUGGAGGGCUGGACUUGAGCGGAUCGAGCCAACCUCCGCCCGCAGGGGUGCAACUCGGUCAUGCGAGCGGAAGCGCAAGUACAGAACAGAAAACUUCUAACAAUGAGGAUCUACUAGGUCUCUUCUAGGCGAAACGAGACCAAAUGCCCCACCAAGCUGAGACAUCAAAUCCCUAGGCUAAUGGCGGUCGAGAGAAAGGAGAGGAUAACCUAUUGGAUCUACGAUAGAGUGAGCUGCGCAGGGUGUCGAAAUAUAUUGACGGUGCGUCUGUCUGUCAGGGGCAAAGGUUCC